GGGUGUUUUUCAGAGGUGGUAGGUGGUAAAAGAAGAGGUCAGCAGGAAGAUGGCGAAGAGCGACCAAAGACCAAGAAAAAGAGGCAGUCAGGCAAAGAUGAAGAGUAUUAUAUCCCUUACAGACCUAAAGACUUUGACUCUGAGAGAGGGUUGAGUCUCGGUGGAGAGGGCAGUGCUUUUGAACAGCAGGCCUCUUCAGCUGUCCUUGAUCUCAUGGGAGAUGAAGGCGAUCGCCUUAACCAGCAGAAGAAAAUGAUGAAAUGGGACCGUAAGAGGAAGCGUUUUGUGAGAGAAACGGGAAAAGAAGACCAGAAGAAGAAGAUCAAAACAGACAGCGGUCAGGUUAUCAGUAACAAGAAGAACAGGAAGAACUUUUAUGAGGAGUGAAGGAAAAAAUACAAGAUUGAUGAUACAGGAUCUGGAUCAGAUGGAGAAACAGGCGGAGGAGGCAGGAAGCCAGCAAGAGGUCGUGGCCGUGGCCGACGAGGUCCAAACGUACAGAGCUCCGGUGACCACAAAGCACGCUCGGAGCUGAAAACAAAGGAUCAGAUCAUGAAGCAGCGCAAGAAAAAGCAGAAGCACCAGUUCCUGCAGGGCGGGGGGAUGAGGAAGCUCCGCUCCAAGAAC